CUCGUUUUAUUCUCUCUUUUCAGAUGUUUGACUGCAAAAAUCACAUACGAGUGAUACAGCCGAUGGAUAAUGGAAAUCGGUUGUAUAUCUGUACAAAUGCGCACAACCCCAAGGAUGUGGUGAUCUAUUCCAACCUGACCCAUCUGUCACGAUCGGAGUUCGUGCCCGGAAUCGGCCUCGGCAUCGCCAAGUGCCCGUACGAUCCGCUGGACAAUUCGACCGCCAUCUACGUGCACCAGGGCAAUCCCGCCGAUUUGCCCGCGCUGUACUCCGGCACGAACGCCGAGUUCACCAAGGCCGACACGGUGAUAUUCCGGACGGACCUGUACAACAUGACCACCGGCAAGAAGGUGUUCAACUUUAAGCGCACCCUGAAAUACGACUCCAAGUGGCUCGAUAGUGAGUAUCUUCCCUUCCCCAAGGUUUCAGGAGCAGCUUUCUUUGCAGACCUGUCUCUCCUAGUCAUACAGCAAGGGUGUUAUCUUAAAACCAAAAGAACAUUUUUCUUUCCAUUUUCCGGGCAGGGUUUUAUAGAAGGGGUACGUUGGCAUGCUAAUGCUGCCGAUAACUCUGGUGGUGGUCCAACUCUGUGGGGAUACUCUCUGGGAAAAGGGGGGUUUUCUGGUUGGAAGAUAAUUUAUUGAAUUAAGCAGGACCACGCAGAAU